AGUAAAGUAUCGUCCCGUACUAUGUACGAGUUACUCGGACCAAGAUUGCUGCUCCCAAUUCCAAAUCCCAAUGAUGCGAUGCGAUGGAUAUUUCGGACUCUCAGUUCUGUUUCGCCCCAAACUGACACAAYCCGUAAACCAYACGAGUACGAGUACGAAUACGAGUAAGAGUACCAAUCAAAAGKCAAAAGCGGAACCAAASCGAGCGAAAGAGAAACCAAUCCCCAAACCAAUCCCAGAGCCGGAAACAAACGGAAACCACACCGGAGGAGGAACAACCCCGUCGGAAAGAAGGGAAGAAAGCAAAACAAAGCAGAUCAGAUCAGAACAAUCAGAACAAACACCGCAUUUUUUCCCUCCGGCCGACGGGAUUGCAUCAAAGCGGAAGAUCAUCGUCUUGCUCGGGGCCUCCGAACGAACCAAGAACGCCAUGGUCACCGAGGAAACAGCGGGAUGCUCCUUGGAAACCGCAGUGGGCGAGAGCGACGAUGUGGGUGAGGGCGCUGGCGCUCUCGUUUCUGUUUCUGUUUCUGUUUCUGUUUCUGCUGCUGCCGCCGCUGCCCCGGCCGGGGACGAAGCCGCUGUUGCAGCUACAGCUACGGCUACAGCUGCAGCGGCAGCAGGACCCGAAGAUGGAACUUCCUCCGUUUCCGUUUCCGCUUCCGCACCGCUGCGUCCCGAUCCGGGCACCGAUUGGUCCCAGAGCACCAAAAUUCCGAGGAAGAAGCGACGCCUGGAAGCCAUGAAAGACAACCACAGGCGCUAUUUCCACGGUGGGGACAACGAAAACGACGGCGACGGCGAAUGCAGCGAGAACAACGGCGACGACAAUGACGACGACGACAACAACGACGUCUCGCUCGCUCGAUUGAAGCGCGAGGUCCUCGGCCGGGACCUGAGGGUGGACGACGACCAUUGCGAUGGAGGAGACGGGGAGGACCWCGAGCUGCGGCAGAUACGAUCGCUGAUGCAGGCCUGCGCGUCUCCCGCCGCCCUCGAAACCAAAGUUGGGGAAMGCGGAUCCGAGCGCAACCAACGGGGGGAACCACCGGGCAUUACCUCUGCUGGCAACGACAACGGAAACGACGGGAAUGGCCAGCGAGAGAACGCACCAAACCCCAAUUCAUCGGCAUCGGCAUCGGCAUCGGCAUCGACGAAUUCUUCUCUGUUUUACCGCCCGCCGGAGCAGCUCCGCCGGGAGCUCCUGUGCGCGGUCUGCCACGAGGUGGUCUACCCGCCGAUCGCGCUGCCCUGCGGGCAUUCCUUCUGCGGGCCCUGCAUCGAGUGGUGGUUCGACCGGGAUCCGGAGAAGCGCUGCCCCACCUGCCGCAAGAGGCUGCCGAGRACCGUUGCCCCCCUCCCGAACCUCGCCCUCAAGGCCUGCGUGGUGGCCCUCUUUGGGARGGAGGUCGUCGAGCGGAUCCGACAAAGGUCGMRGCAGCAGAGGGAGGCCGCCAGGGGGGAGAGGGGCGGGGCCCACGMRGCCGGAUACCAGGUCCUGAGCGACCUUUCGGACGAGACCUGGCACUACCUCCGGAUCGGCCGCGCCGGAAGCAAUGGCCACUACAGCGGCAGGAACAACCCCACCGUCCAGGUCCGACGGAGCAUCGUGCUGGACGCGGAGGACCAGCGCAUGCAGCUGGCCCUCGCGGUCUACGGGAGGCCCGCUCUGGAAGAAGCCGGCCUUGGUCUGGAGGUCUGCCUUUUGUCSAUGGAGGAGGACGAGGCAACGGACCAGGGAUUCCCCACCUGCGUCCUCUCCCCGGAGGACGAGCUCUUUGUGUGCGRSAGGGGGGGCCGCUUCGGCCACACCUCCCUCGGGGUCCGGGCCAGGGACGAGGCCGGGGGGCUCUCCCCGCUGGCCUUGCUGGUGGCGGACCCGGGCACCGGCCGCUUCGGGUACGCCCCACGGCCAAGGGUCGGAACCGAAGAACCCCCCCGGGGCCUUUUGUUCGAGCACCCGGAAACCGGGACGAGGCUGGAGCUCGACCUGGCCCAGCUCCAGAACCGUGCGGGCGGGAGCACGCUGCUGGCCCCCGGGCGGGGGCCGGCAGAAGGGUUCCCGGACCGUGGCAGCAGAAACCCRACCAUGGGAGCCUACGACGAGAGCGAGGACGAUCACGACGAACGGAUGGACCGCUUCGAGGAGGACGGCUUUUUGGUGGGGGACGGCGAAGAGGAAGAACAGGACGAGGACGAAGAGGACGAGGACGACGUCUGCUGCGUCUGCGACGACGGCGGGGAGCUCAUGUACUGCGACGGCGGGGACGCCCACCCCGGGUGCGGCAAGAGCUUCCACGCUUCCUGCGUCGGCCGCUCGGUCGUUCCCGAGGGRGACUGGAUCUGCUCUUGCUGUGCGGACCGGGCCGGCCUCGGGGACGGGGGGACCGCCGGGCACGAGUUCCCGGUGGUGGAGGAAAGCGAAAAGGAGGGAACACUUCCCGCCCGCUCUUCCACCGGGUGUUCCGACGCGAGCGACAUCGAGGGUGCCUUUAGUGGCGACGAGGAGGGGGGAGGGGCCCACGCGGACCGCGCCGGAGGAGAAGGACUCUCCCAUGGGAGGACCGGCGGSCCCCCCGGCAGCGAAUGGGAGAAAACGAAGGAAGAAGAACCAAACGGCGGCAAAGGCGGAGGGACCGGCACGGACAGCCCUACCGGGCGAGAGGAAGGCGGCUCGGAGCCGGRGGAGCAGAGCGGGGAAGAGAUCGACGGCGAAAACACGCCGCUCGCGAAACGGUCCGGGAACGGAACCAGCGGMGGGAAUGCCAAGCGGCGAUUCAUUCUGGACGACAGCGACAGCGACAGCGACUGACCACAGCUACUGACCACAGCGACUGACCACAGCACACGACGCAGCGAAGCGCAGCGCAGCGCAAUUUGAUUGGAUUGUAUGCUGUUCCAUCCGAUGCAACAUCGCGGUAUGCACGGUAAAGUAUGUGCCUUCUACAGUAUGCAGCCCAGACGAUAUUUCCCAUAGGUUCCAAGAGUCAUUUUGGAACGGACUUGUAUAGCAUAGCAUAGCAUA